GGCGCCGUCGCCAUCGCCAGUCGUUGCUACGUUCAGGUCGGGGGAGAUUCGCGCGACCGAGCACCGUAACGAUCAGCAGCAACACCCGGACAAUAACGCCGUCGUCGUCAUGGGCAAGCAGAACGGCGAGGAUCUGGAUCAGGACGCGCAGGAGCGGAUGCUGAAGGAGGACAGCGCCGCGAAGAUCGCGAUCGAGAAGGAGGAGAAGGACGAGAAGGCCACCGAGGUGAAGUUCAUCUCGGAGAAUGGCGACGCCAAGAUCGACAUCGAGAUGGUGAAGGCGGUGCUAUCUGGAAUGGGAAAGGAGGAAUUGAUGAAAUUUGCAAACGAUCCGUUCUGGGUGAAAUUGAGAUGGGCCUUGUUCAUCGUCUUCUGGCUGAUAUGGGCAGCCAUGUUGGCCGGUGCCAUAGCGAUCAUCGUGAUGGCGCCAAAAUGCGCCGCUCCUGAGCCGAAGAAACUGUGGGAGGAGAGCGCAAUUGUUGAAUUGGACGUCUCGGAAUAUAAUCUCAACUUGGAUAUACUGGACGAUUUGAAAAAUCAACAUGUCAGGGCCAUAUCUCUUUCGUCUUUGGUGAAGGAAAGCGCGAACGGAGGAACCAUAGAUUUUAAAGCCAUCAAGCCGAAUUUAGGAAACAUCAGCGAUUUGGAAAAUUUCGUUAAAGUGGCAAAGGAGAAGGACCAACAAAUCUUUUUGGAGUUGGAUCCCAACCAUUCCUCCGUGGAGCAUUCGUGGUUUAAAAAAUCUGUACUGAGACAGGAGCCAUUCACGUCCUAUUACGUCUGGGCUGAUGGAAUAAUCGGUUCUGACGGUGGAAAAGAAAGACGAAAUCCUCCGAAUAAUUGGUUGAGCGUGUACGGCGGAUCCGCGUGGGAAUGGAACGAACAAAGGCGCCAAUAUUACCUUCAUCAGUUCAACAAGUCGCAACCUGAUCUGAAUUACACCAACCCGGCAGUGGUGACAGAAUUUAAAGACGUCUUGACUCACUGGCUGAAAUUAGGCAUUAGCGGUUUUCGCUUGGCAAACACGCAGUAUCUGACGGAAGAUCCGGAGCUGCGCGACGAAUCCAGGAGCAUUCUUCCCGUAGAACCGAACAAUUAUCAGUCGCUAGUGCACGUUCACACGCGCGAUCGUUCGGAGAACGCUGCGGUAUUAUCGAAAUGGCAAGAAGUCGUUCGCAACGAAACUGCUGGCAAAGGGUUGUUUGCGUUGCAAGAUGACAUUGGCGCGGACAUCUUGCAAGUUUAUAACGAAAAGACGACGAUUGAUCUACCGCAGAGUUCGCACUUCCUCACUAAUGCCAACGCGAGCAUAAACGCGACGGACUUGCGUAAAAGUAUAUCGCAAUGGCUUGCCGUCACGCCGUGGCCUGCGUGGAAUGUGAAUGGCAAACAGCGUUCCUUGAGGCAACGCAUGCCUAAAGACGUCGCCGAUAGUAUCGUGUUAAUGACCAUGUUACUACCGGGCACGCCGAUUCUUCGAGAAGAGGACGUCAUGUCCGCGAAGGAUGCGUUCGCAACCUUGUCGAGUGCCCGAAGUAGUCUAACGUUCCUUCACGGGAAUACGACUCUCAGAAUAGUAAACGGGACUGUCUUCGUAUACGCGAGGGUAAAAAGUGGCAAUCCCGGAUAUCUCGUGGCGUAUCAGACAGGAGACGAACCAGCCGUCAUAAACCUGUCCAGAAUACCGCGGAUAUCGGAAGAAAUCAAUGUGGUCGCGCAUAGUCCUAACUAUGACCAAAAUACGGAAUUAAUGAAGACGAAAUUACCGUCGGAUGCUGUGCCCAUAUCACCGAAAAGCACACUAAUUUUAACAUUUGUACCGAAGGAGUCUUAAAUCGAUCCAAAAGAAUUUAAAUGCGAGAGCAAUCGGCUAUAUACGAUUGCAUUUCUUUCUUCAAUAUACAAAACUGAAGGAAAUCAAGGUUGAUAUCAAAAAGAUUAGAAUCGAGUUGUAUCGAAAUUCAAAUUAACGGCAAUACAGAUAGAAGCUAGAGGUCCUAAAAAUGUGAAAUUACUUGAUCAUUAUUUAUGCUGAAGCUUAUCUGAUUUAUUUGUAUGUUGAAACAAAGUAUAGUGUGAAGAAAAUCUGUUUUAUUUGAAUCAUAUAACUGUGUGUGCAUACAUUACAUUGUGCAACAAAAAGAAAUGUAUCUCAAUGUCCGUACGUGUAAUGAAAAUAUAUAUAGCAAGCAUCAAAUACAAA